AUGCCACCCACCGCCUCUUCGUCGUCGUCAGGAAGCCAACCGAUCAACGUGAAGCUUCUGCUAAUAGGCAACUCGUCAGUUGGAAAGUCAAGUUUGCUGCUUAGGUUCUCUGAUGAACAAUGGCUACCGGAAGACGAGAGUAGUGCUACGAUUGGAGUGGAUUUUCGAGUGCAUAAGAUGGAAGUGAAAGGGAAGAAAGUGAAGUUGAGCAUCUGGGAUACGGCAGGACAGGAACGGUUCCGGACCAUCACUUCUUCCUAUUAUCGAGGCGCACAGGGAAUUAUCCUAGUGUACGACGUUGCGAAUCGAGAAACAUUUGAAGCUCUCCCAAGAUGGUACAGCGAGCUAGAGACCUAUGUUUCCGAAUCCGUAGUUAAGAUCCUUGUCGGAAACAAAGAGUACUCUCGUCAAGUCCCAACCGCUGAAGGCGAGAAGUUUGCGCAGAAGAUGAACUCUCUCUUCGUCGAAGCAUCUGCCAAGACGGCUGUAGGCGUUAAAGAAGUCUUCCAGGAACUUGUAGAACGCAUCCUCGAUACGCCGGAGCUUUGGGAUCCCAAGAGCAAAGGCCAAGGUCACACGACUGCACAUGGUAACGGAGGUGUACCAGGAGGCGUGCAGGUGGUUGGCUUGAGCGACGAUCCUCAGGAGCAGGGCGGAGGGUGCAGCUGCUAG